AUGGGCUUUCCCUCGAACACGGCGUCCAAUGCCGUCAUCUAUGUCACUUAUGCCCUGUUCCUGUUUGUCUCCGAUCUCGCUUACAUUUUCGUAUUGAAAGCUAAUCAUCACAACAGACUCAUGGGAACUGGCAUUGCUUGGAAGAUGAGAAAUCAGUCAAAGGCCGAUUUCCUUUCAGGAAACGGAACUCAGACGGCCUUCCCUCUGGCCCUCAACUUCAUCGCCUCCGGUGAGUAG